AUGAGCGAAAAGAAGUCUAAACAAAGUAAAGCAGAUAUUGCUAAACAGUUUGAUCUACCCGAGCGUCAAUCAAAGAUUACGUCGCUUUUAAAUCAAGCUGGGCAAGCGUAUUGCAUAUGCCGAUCUUCAGAUAGUUCGCGGUUUAUGAUAGCUUGUGAUGCUUGCGAGGAAUGGUAUCACGGAGAUUGUAUAAACAUUUCUGAGAGAGAGGCGAAGUAUAUUAAAAACUAUUUCUGUGAACGUUGCCGUGAGGAAGAUCCCACUUUAAAAACAAGGUUCAGGCCACAGAAACGGGAAAAUGAUGGAGAUUCGGGUAGAGAUGAUAGAAAGAAAAAACGCAAAGAAAAAGAUCAUUCAGAGAACAAAUCAUCAAAGAGACCAAAUAAAGAUGGCUGCGGAGAUUGUGGAGGGUGUUUACAGACACACGACUGUGGCCAUUGUGAUGUUUGUGAGGACAUGUACAAGUAUGGGGGUAAUAACAAAUUAAAGUUGACAUGCCGUCAAAGAUUGUGUGUCAAAAGCAAAAAGACUUCUAGGAUAUCAAGUAGUAACCGCAUAAAAAAGAAGCAUGAACGUGAAGUAUAUGAACCUGAGGAGUCAAUAUCUCAUCUUCAGACAUCAGAGCCUCGGCAGUGCUACGGACCACAGUGUUGUAAGGCAGCUCAGUAUGGCUCCAAAUACUGUUCUCAGCAGUGUGGAAUGAGACUCGCUACUGCUAGGAUUUAUCAGGUUUUGCCGCAGCGUAUUCAAGAGUGGUCUCUGUCUAGCUGUGUCGCGGAGCAGCAUAACCGACGUGCAUUAGAGGUUGUGAGGUCGGGUCUGGCAAAAGCGCAAGCAGCGCUGCGGGCCUUGGACAAGCAGCACGCGGAGAUAGACGAGAUGCUGCAGCGAGCUAAACAUGCUACUAUAGAACAUACUGACGAGAAGGAAGCAGACGACGAGACUUCCAUGUACUGCAUCACAUGCGGCCACGAGAUACACUCGCGAUCAGCCGUCAAACAUAUGGAGAAAUGUUUCAUUAAAUACGAGGCUCAGGCUUCGUUUGGCAGCAGACAUCGAACACGGAUAGACGGACAGAGCAUGUUCUGUGAUUACUACAACCAAAUUAAUGGCACCUACUGUAAGAGGUUGAGGGUAAUGUGUCCCGAGCACUUCAAGGACCCCAAGGUGAGCGACACGGACGUCUGCGGCUGUCCGCUCGUGAGGAACGUGUUCGAGCCAACCGGAGAGUUCUGUAGGGCGCCGAAGAAGAGCUGCCUCAAACACUACCAGUGGGAGAAGCUGCGGCGGGCCGAGGUCGACAUGGAGAGGGUGCGGCAGUGGCUGAGGCUGGACGAACUGGUCGAGCAGGAGAGGAACAUACGACUGGCUAUGGCAUCCAGGUCAAUGAUCUACAUAUAUAUAUUAUAUAACAUCAUUGGAACCUCAUCUACGCUAUUAUUGGCCGGUGUUCUAGGUUUGAUGCUUCACUCGACGUACAACCACGAGGUCAUGGAGAGAAUAACAAAAGCGAACGAGAACGGAAAGGUCAAAGAGGGAAUUUAA